AUGGCGAUCCAAUUGGUCACUUCUGGCAGAACGAUAUUCCGCAGUAGCUACAAUUAUGAGCUCUGGAGUCAUCUUCAAAAAGAAAGCUCAGUUACAAAGCUAAAGAACUUCUCAUGGAGCAAGUUGCUCCAAUUCAUAGCGUUGAUGCAAAACAGAAAUUUGAAGAUCGGUGAUGCUGCUACUCAGUCAGGAUUCUUCCAGCUUCUGGCUAUAAGUUCUUCGCUGAAUGGAAGAAAAACGGUGGAACAAUGUUGCCUGGGUACAAGCUUGCCUCUGAACAAACUUUAUGAGGAACACUCCGAGUACCUGGACAACUAUGUUACAAAUAAUCCAACGUGUGUCGUAAAAGAUGUUACAGCUAGUUUGGUAGAAGCAUUUGAGGAUCUUACGAUAAGUGACUCUGCUGUGUAUCGGCAUUUGACUAACAAACUAGCCUUUACAAUUACACGCACUCAACCCAGAGUUGCUAAUCGUAACUCUGAGGACUCUUUGGAGCAGAGAAGACGUUUUGUUGAAGAGCUCGGAGAACGGAAGGUUGACUAUAAGGACAAAUGUGUCUUCGUUGAUGAGAGUGGCUUCUUGAAGAAUAUGGUGCGUCCUGUAGCCUGGUCGAAGAGGGGCACGCCUGCAGAGGUGGAAGUAAACGCACAGCGUGGUCAUCAGUUAUGA